ACGAGUGGUUUUUCGAAAGGAAAUCUUCAGUCAACUCGGACGCUUUCCCUCAAUCGGUAGUGUGAUCUCUAAGAAUUUUUGGGAGCGCGGUUUGAAUUAAAUAUUCUUCUUAAAGGAACAAAAAUAAAAAUAAAACAAAGAAAAAAAACAUAAUUUUUGAAAUCCUGUACUACGGGUGGAUUAUAGAAAUUAUUUCGAAAAUAUUUCUGGGCGCGUAAAUUUUCGAAAGAAAUAUACAUACUCGUGUAUAAUCGUUUUUGGAAUUGAGAUUAUUAAAACAAACUUGGGUAAUUGGAUCUGGUUCAAGAUUUGUGUUUUGAUAUAAAUUCCAAAUUGGAGCGUUGUGGAAUUUAUUUCUCAGUGGGUCUAAAUUAAUAACCAACUUCGAAUUAGUCAUCCCUCGUUUUGGUUUUUGUUGCUUGUUAACCGUCGGUUGGUUGUAGACUUAAGUUGUUAUUGGCAAAGAACACAUUCAAAUUGUUGCAUCAAUUAAAUGCUCACUUGGAUUACAUAUACAUUAUUGGAUUAGUUUGCGACAACAAGUGUUGCUCUUCGCAAUUGCGAAAAAUAAUUUCUUGCAAUUAAUUGGAGUAAAUGAAUUCAUUAUCAAGAAGUGGCUCUUUUGCACGAGUUAAAAUCAAUUAAACGCAAUUCAUGGUGUUGGUGAUAUAUUAAAUAAUUAAUUAUAAUUAUUAAGAAGUUCUUGUUCUUACUAGUAAAAGAAUGUUGUUCAUCGAUCAGUGACGGUCAGUUGUUGUUGUAUGUGUUUUGUGUAAGAAAUAUUUUCAUUUGAUGAAACAAAGAAAUAAUCGUUAUCAAAAGAAAAUUAGAAUAUACUCAAAUUUCAAUAAUUGGAAUUAUAAUUCAGGUACUUUUAGGGAAAUUACUCACAGUGUCAUGGAUUUCUAAAGAUCAUGGCAUACUCACCAGUUGCACCUAAUAAGGUACAAAUGAUUUAAGAAAUUAAAUGAUUAGAAGCUUUCAUCUGUAAAAAUGCACUGCAGCUCCAGUUACACGUAUUAUAUAGCAUUGUUAAGCUAGAAACCUAUAGUUGUGAAAAAAGUUUUAAAUCAACUUGCGGUAAAGGCAAAUAGCCAAUCAAUUAAAAAAAAACUACAUUGAGAGAGAAAAAAAACUAACCGGACAGGAAAAACUUCUCCUUUUUGCAAAACCACUCUGGUUAAUUCCCUUAGCAAAAGAAAGUCGUGCAAACGGCCUGCUAUAGGUACUCAAUACGGAAUACGGAUAAGAUCCAACUUUAACUCAGAGUGCAUACAAACUUUAGUGCACCAUACAUAGAUAUAUAACUUCAUCCGUCCAUAUCAAUCCUGAUCGAAUGGCUCGGCAAUGAACAAAAACUUUGCCUAUCAACAGCCAUAAUAAUAUUUCAAUAUAAAAACUCACAUUCCCAUAUUUAUCCAACAUUCUCCGAACACACAUUUAUCUUUAAUUUCUUUGUGAAAGUUGGCCGAACUUUCUAUCAAAUUCUGGUCUCAAAUUAAACGUAUUGAUACGAAACAGAGUUGUUGUCCUUUUCUUUUCUCGCAUUGAAACUAAAUCCCCAGAGUGUUUCGAGCAAAAUGACGAAGAGGCCAAAUGAUAUUAUCAAUAGUAAAAAACUUAAAAGAAGAAUUCAUCAUCAUCAGGAACAGAAUCUGGACAAGGAGCAGCAGGAACAACAACGGACUGCCAUCGUUUUCCCCACGAUAGAUCCCUCAAGUGAACAGACAAGCAAUAUAAAUUUUGGUAAACCAAACUGCAUUGCAAAACCGUCUUCUUCAAGUAUUGCUUCUCAGAAAACUUUGCAGCCACUCAAAGAACUUUCAGUCCAAAUCACUACAUCAAGUUCUAAGGCAGCACCCGAGCAACGCAAAGCCACCUCCACAGUCACUACAACUGCCACUGCAACUGCAACUACCCUUCUUCUACCAUCUUCCUCGUUAGUAAAGUCAAAGAAAAACUCUCCACUAUCACGGGAUAUGGAACAACAGCAGCAAGAACAGAAACUAGGAUAUUUGUGCAUACAGCCAACUUCAGCAAAAAAGGCUGCCCAAACGAUAAUGCUGAGUCCAAACGGAACCACCAAAACAGCGUCAGCAUUUCUAGCUACAACAAAUAAAGCUUUUACAACAACACCAAUAACUACAACACUAUCAACAAGGCCAGGCCAAGGAGCUGAAGUUAGAGAAGCAUCAUCGUCUUCGUCUUCAUCUUCAUCUUCGUCAUCAUCAUCAUCAUCAUCAUCAUCGCUUGUAGCUCCCAAUAUAGCCGAAAGUUCUUUGCAAGUCUUGUCGUCCUUUAGUUCAAGGAGGAAGCCGAAAAGAAAAGUUUCCCAACCAUCACUUGAUUGCUUCUUAGUUACUGCAAUAUUCAGUACAAUUUUCCUAAUGGUCGGAAAUUUUCAAAUCGGUGGUGUUACGGCUACAAAUAGUUUAAUGGGCAGCAAACAUGAGCCUAUGUUUAUAUCGCGUUCGGAAACAUUCAAAUUUGUUGCAAGUGAUACAAUAGUGCUGCCUUGUGAAGUUGCAAAUACUGAUCCGUACGUGGUUGCUUGGAAAAGAGGUAUUGCGAUACUUACCGCUGGCUCUGUGAAGGUAACACCAGAUCCAAGAGUAAGACUUAUUAACGGAUACAAUCUACAAAUUAGAGAUGCUGCACCUCAAGAUGCCGGCGACUACAUAUGCCAAAUUGCAAUGAUGGAACCUCGAGAAAUUACUCACACAGUGGAAAUUUUGGUACCUCCAAGGAUUCAUCACAUUAGUACGGGAGGACAUUUGCAAGUCAAAAAAGGUUCUUCGGUAAGAAUUGAAUGCUCAGCAUCGGGUAAUCCCACACCAAACGUUACGUGGAGUAGGAAAAAUAACAUUCUACCAAGUGGAGAAGAAAGACUUCAUUCGCAUAUCUUGUCGAUAGAAAAUGUUGACAGGCAUAAAGGAGGAGUUUACAUUUGCACGGCCAAUAAUGGUGUUGGACAAGCAGCGUCCAGUCAAGUUGUCCUUCAUGUUCUAUAUCCACCAGAAAUAUCAGUUGAAAGACCUACAGUUUUUUCUGGAGAAGGACAUGAGGCAAUGUUGGUGUGUAUAGUCCAUGGAGAAACACAACCUGAGGUUAUAUGGUUUAAAGAUACCAUGCAAUUAGAUACAACUGAACGUCAUAUAAUGGAAAAUCGUGGGUCACGUCACACGUUGAUUAUACGUAAGGUACAUCCUCAGGAUUUCGGAAAUUACUCUUGUGUAGCGGAAAAUCAGUUGGGAAAAUCGAGAAAAACUCUUCAACUAAGUGGAAAACCCAAUGUUGCUGUAUUCAAUUCACCGCAAAUCAGUCAAUACAAGGAUAGAUACAAUAUAUCGUGGACGGUCGACUCGUAUUCUCCGGUUGAAGAAUUUAAGUUGUCCUUCCGAAGGUUACCACAAGGACACGAGGUCGUUGCAGAUAAUACCAUUGAACAAUCGAACAGCAUGUUGCAAGUAUACAAUGGAGGCAGUGGCAGCAGUGGGAAUGCUGGAAGGUUCGGUAUUGGACUCGACAUUGGCAAUGGUGGUCAUAAUCAUAGAAUCACAAGUGGAUAUGGCAUUCAUUGGAGCAGAAACGAUUGGAGGGAUGUUGUUUUGCCGGCAAUGCCAUUGUCACAUCAUUACACCCAGGGAAUGAGCUACAUGAUUCGUGGUCUCGAACCCGAUCAGCAUUACGAGGCAACAGUACAAGCGAGGAAUCGUUACGGAUGGAGUGAUGUAACACAUAGUUUUCUAUUUUCAACAUCAUCAAACGAUGGACUCAUUGACUUGUCAUCAUUUCUAAAUCAUGGCUCGUCAGAUAACGAAAUGCGGGAUCUAAGUGUAACUUUCUAUGGCGGAUCUGGUCAAAUGAAACAUAAUACAAUAACUCUUACUAGUUUGGGCAUUAUUUGUGUCACAAGCAUAUUAGUCAUGAUAAUAUCCCGAAAUUUAACUUAAAUAAAAACAAAAACCUAAAACUUAAAAUCAGUUUAUCAAAAUACAAAAGAACAAUCUUAAAAUUUAAUAAAAUACAAAAAAAAAAUAUAAUUACAUCCGUCAUACUGUCAUAGCAAAUAACUAUUUAAUAAACAAAUUUAAAAAAAAAAAAACGAAAACGAAUCAACUCAUCGCCAUUUUAACAAAUUUUAAAGAUCAUUUUCACCGAAUAUGAAAUACAAAAUAUACAAAACUACAGACUCACCUUAAAGAAAAGUAAUUAUUUUUAAUGUUCUUUUUUUCUUCUUUAUUUUUACCAAAAAUGUACAUAAAACCAAAACAAAUGGAACAGAAACCUACAAAAAUCUUAUAACUAAAAGAAAAUAUUUAAAUAGACAAUUUGUUUUAUAUAUAAGAUAAAUUAUAAUUAUUAUAAAAACAAAAACAUAGAUAAAACUUUAAUAUAACUUUUGAUAUUACUAUAGAUUUAGAUGAAAAAAUAAUAAAUCUAAAAUAUAUAUAAAUAUACGUAUAAUUCAUUAAUAUAUAUAUUAUAGGUAAACAUAACUGUUUUUUUUUAUUUCAAAUUAGUCUUUAAAAACUUAAUUUUAAAUUAUACGUGUUUAAAAAAUAAACAUUUCAAAAUAUAUUGUUAUGAUGAAAUAAUGCAAAAAUAAAAUAAAGGAUCAAGGUAUUGUGAAUAAUAUAAUUUUAUUUCUAUAUCCAAUUCAGAUUUUUUACUGGUUAAAUAAUAACAAUAAAUGCACAUUCACUUAUUGUUUUGCUUAGGAUAUAUUAUAAAGUUUCUACUUUUUUGUUAAUGUCGAUAUGUAAAAUAUGCGUUAACCUGGUUAAACCCAUUUUACCAAGGCACGGCUAGUAUUUUUUUUAAAUGAGAAUUAGUCAAAACUUAUUACGAAAAGGAUUGAAACAAUUUUGUGCACUCUGACCAUUAAAACAAAGCUAGAAAAAGACUUACCCACAACUUUGUUUAAGGACAUUUUCAUAGGGAGUGUAACAUUAGUAACACACUUAUUCCAACAAAAAGAGUUACAUAAUAAACUUACAUAAUAAACUAACUCAACACAAA